AUGGACGAACCAACAAUGACAACUAUUAGCACUAUUGCUAUACGUGCUGCUAAUUCAACGAUUGUCGUUGCAUUCUUAAAGAGCAUUGGAUUUAUAUCACUAAGAAUUGACGAAAUGCACCCUCGUAUGCUUGAAAUUGGAGAAGAUACGAACCAGACUUCUGCUCUGAUAAACAUACAUGACGACCUUAUGCGACGACUAAAGAGCAAAGAAGAUCAAGUAGAAGAAUUGCUAGCUCGAGCAGAUAAUCUCGUCACUCAGCAAAAGCCUCCCGAUGUGGUGGUAUAUGAAGCAAUGGCCGAAAGCUUAGGAACAACGUGGAAGGAGCUCAAUCGACAAUUAUUAAUGCGAGGAUUUCUACUGGAAGAAACGUUAAAAUUUUACACGUUGGCUGAAAAGCAUGCGAAGAUAACCUCAGAUAUUAGAGAAUUAAUACAAGCAACGAACGAUUGUUUACGAAUGACCAAUCUUAAUGAUUAUGUCGGAAACGUUCAAAAACAAAUUAAUGAUCAAAUCGAUAUCACCGCUGCAGCAAUAAAUAAUGGUGCCGACAUAAUAACGCAAAUUCGCUUAUUAGGUUCAAUGGCAGACAAUGUGGAAAGAAGUCAAGAAACGGCUGAUGCUUGUCUUAUAAUCGAAAAGAUUAUGCUAAAAAUGGCUGGUGAAUGGGAGGAGCUUGAAGAAUUAUGGAAAAUUGAACGAUCAAAACUGGAAACACAAAUCGACCAGUCAGGAACAAUUUUAGCACAUAUUGAAGAAAUAGCAUCAUGGCUUUGCAAUGCAAGAGCUCAACUGAAAGUCGGCCGAGAUCUCAAUUCAAUAUAUCAGCAAACACUGCACCAAAAGAAUACGCUUAAUGGAAUUGUUUGUUCACUAGAAAGCGAUCAUUUUAAUAGUGAACUUAAUGGCCGUGGUGUACAUUUGCAAAACGAAAUCGAAAAUUUCAUCCGUGAAAUCAAAAUGAAGAAAGAUGCAUUAGACAACAUUCAAAAUUUCGUCACAAAUGCUGAAGCUGUACUUCACCAACUGGAUUACAUGGAAGCUGAUAUGAGAAGUGCGAAUGCAGCGAUGGCUGGUGAAUUGGCGCCACUAGCUAGGCAAAAAGUUGGUGCAGUUGUCGAUGAAGGCCAGAAGUUUCUAUAUCUUGAUAAUCGAGUACCAAAACUAAUUUCCACUGUGCAAUAUCGCUUACAACAAAUAGAGGAACUUUCAAAUGAACGCAUCAGUGCAGCCAGCAUGUUGGUCACGAAUAAGUUAGACGGAUUUGAAUUUUGGCUUCGAAGUGUAGAAUCGUUCCUCAUAUCGCAUAAUCGAAUGGGUAGCAAUUUUCAUGACGCAUAUGAAUUUUUCUCUUCUUAUAAUAAAUUUGUGCUAAAAAUCAUCGAAAAAGAAGCAGAACUAAACGCUUUAGCAUCAAGCCAUUCACAUGAAUUCAAUGAAGAACAGCGGAAGUACUUUCAUGAGACCCGAAAAAAAUUUGAAAAUUUAAAAAAAUUAGUCGAAUCGCGAAUUCAACUUGGUGAUAACUUUCUACAGGUGCAUAAAUUCGCUCGAGAACUCGAAGGAUCAUUCGAUAGUCUUAAUGCUUUAAUUAAUUCUAAUCGUAAUUUUUCUAACGAGAAGCUUAUCACUCAGAUGAAAUCAGUUUUCCAACUCAUAGAAGAAACGCUCACUCAAGAAAGAUUUCAAGGUGAAAAAUUUAUCGAAACAGCUCUUUCGGUUGGCAGCACUGAUUUUGACCUAAAUAUUAAUGAAGGAAUCGAUUCCAUCAAAGCAAUUCUUAAAGAACAUGAAAAACGUCGAGUUUCGAUUACAAACAAAUGGAAAAAUUGGCAGAUUGCUAAAUCACAAGAAAAAAAAUUCAUCCAAAUGUGGCAAGAUGAAACGGUCGAAAUUAUUCGAAUAAUGCAGGAAAAAUUGUGCAACAAAUCAGCAAUAACUCGAGAGAGGGAAGAAUUGAAAAAGAAAAUGGAUGAAGUAAUUCGCAGUUUACCUUUUCAGAGAAAAAAGAUUCAAGAAGCUACAAAAAUAUCGCAACAAAUUGAAAGCAUUGAGGACUAUGAAAAGAUUGAAAAAAUGAAGCGAGUACAAAAAGAAAUCGAGGAUAAUCUUAUGAAUUUGAGAAAGCGAAUCGAAACAACAGAAGAACUUGCCAUUGAAGAAGUUUCGUGGCAUAAUAUAUUAGGUGAAAAUGAACUGUGUCAUGUUGAAUUGAAACAAAGAAAAAUCCACUUUAGAGAAGUUACGAGAGCACCUCAAUUAAUAACGUGUCUUACUGAUGCAAACAUUGAUGAAGGAAGCCGAUUUGAAUUCGCUGCAAAAAUAUAUUCACAAGAAACACCUGUAAUUCGAUGGUUUAAGGAUGGUAGAGAUGUUAGGGAUAAUACGGACUAUCGAACUUCAUAUAUCAAUGGAGUAGCUUCGUUGACAAUUGAGGAGACAUUCGUAGAAGAUACUGCUGUAUAUACAAUAAGAGUUGAAAAUGGUGCAGGCGUAGCUGAGUCAUCUGCAAAACUCGUCGUGAAAUCCCGAAGUGAAUCGCAAAACGAGGAACAGUCGAAGCCGAGAGUUAUACGCCAGCUUCGCAAUUUGUCUAUUAAUGAGGGUCAGAAUGCUGUAUUAGAUUGUGUGCUCUAUGGUUUGCCAGAACCCAAGGUAAUUUGGUAUAAAGAAGAAGAAACAAUCAAAGAAUCAGGAAGGAUCAAGCUAUUAUUUGAAGGCGAUCACUGUUCGCUUAAUAUCAGUGAGGCUGUAUUGUCUGAUUCUGGACUCUAUACUGUAAAAGCGAGUAAUAUUUGCGGCGAAACCACAACAUUUUGUCGCCUGAUAGUACAACCCCUAGCAAAAUUAGCACCUCCACAAGUAUCUCCAAAGCCGCGAUUAUUACAUCGUUUGCCAUCGUUUGAACCACCUUUAUCCAAUCAAAUUGUAAAGGAAGGACAGCGAUGUAUGUUACAGGUUCGCAUUUUGGGCGAGCCGAAACCAUUUGUAUAUUGGAAAUUCAACGAUUCACCUAUUCAUGCGUCUGAGGAUUUUAAGGUAACAGAUGAAACAAAUGGGUGGAAUCGAUUGAUUAUCGAAAAUGCUCAGGAAAAACAUGCAGGCAUGUACACCGCUAUAGCUGAAAAUGAAGUUGGAGAAGCUCGUUGUGGUGCUACGUUGGUUGUAGAAUUACCUCAAAUGUCGCCAUUACCAGAAACUAUUCAAACUACCACACCGUACAGCGAAGGAUUUUGGAGCGAUACUGCUUUACUCGCUUCACCAACACCACCACCAAUCCCUAAACAUCGUUAUCGAAUCGAAUUCGAUGAGUGCACAGAGAAAGAAGUGAACGAAAUUGGUAAUAAAAAAAGAUUUUUUAGAGAAUUUUUUUUAAGGACAAGUGCCGUCGAAUGGCGAAUGCAAAAGCUACUAUGGGGUAGAAGAUUCGAAUUGGCAGAAGUGGCUGAGCAGAAAAGGGUCAACAUAUUUACACACAUAUAUAUUUUAGGAUAUAGCAUAACUGCGACAGCACCAGAAUUCAUUCGCCCAUUCCAGAAUGAGUAUAUAAUUAAUGAAGGUGAAAGGUUCAAAGCUGAUUGCCUUAUGGUUGGUAAUCCUCGCCCAAAAGUGCAUUGGUACUUUAACGAUAAGAUAAUUGACGUCAAUUUUAAAUUUUGUAGCCUUGUCAAUACUGGCGAUACUUACUCGAUUUCAUUCGAACCAGCUGUAAUGGACAAUACUGGCAUAUAUAAAAUGACAGCUGAAAAUAUUCGAGGUAAAACUGAAUCUGUCUUCAUUGUACGUGUAGAACCUCGAUCGUUUGUACAAUCAAAACCAGUUAGCACUGAGCAUGUGCAAAUUUCCGAAGAAUUUGGAGCUUAUGAAUAUGAACAACAAAUUCCAAGUCAUCGGUCUUUACCAAAGCAAUGCGUUGAUAACGAAUUUGAUAUAUAUAAAGAGCGACGUCAGGCAUCCAAGCAACCUCCUCAUUCAACACGUCUUGCUACUCCACCACCGGCAAAGAAACAAACAUUGCAACAUACUCAGGAACAAAUCUUUCAUGAGCAAUACGAAAUUGAGGAAAGCUGGCGUGUUGCUGGUCGUCCUCCACACUUUACACAAACUCUUGUAUCAGCAGUAGCAGCUUGUGGCGAUGUAGCAAAAUUCGAAGGUGUUGUUACAGGUUGGCCAACGCCAGAGGUAUGUUGGAGUAAAGAUGGCAUAUCUAUAUCGAAGCAAAUUCUUCCUGAGCUUCAUUUCUCAAAUAUCGGCGGCCGUGUAUCAUUAACGUUUUUAUCUGCUCAACUAGAGCACGCUGGCAAAUACAUGUGUACAGCAAGGAAUGCAUCUGGAAUAGCAACCUCUAGUGCACAACUUGUUGUCAGACCAAAAACAGUAGCGCCAGACUUUGUGAGACGUUUAAUAAGUGAGGAAGUGGCUGAAGGAGAACGGUUAAAAUGGACAGUGCAGAUCACAGGUGAUCCAGUACCUAAUGUCACAUGGUUAAGAGAUGGACAAGUUAUACCAAAUUGCGAUGAAGUCCGACUUAUUGAUGAAGGAAAUGGCCUACAUAGUAUGAUUAUAAUGAAGGUUGAAUUGGCUGACAGUGGUCAGUUCACAUGUUUGGCCGAAAAUAUAGCUGGUGAAGCGCGUAGUACUGCUGACCUAGUAGUUCGACCUGUCGGUGCGGGGCCCGGUAAUUACUUCCACGUCACUAAGGUAUAUAUGCUUUGA